UAUUCGUAGAAUAAACGAAUGUCGAUUAAAUGGAGCAAUCGAAACGGAAUCAUUGAGUACGUGAAACUAUGCGCCAGGCGCCAAUUAAUACAACUCUGUGAGUCUGCCCGUGCAAAUGAGUCUACCCAACUAAACUUUCAUGAUUAUCACGAAGUGAGACAAUCAUUGCGCCAACUGCUCCGUCAACUUUUGCACCUGCAAAGCAUAAUGGGGAAGAGGAAGUUCGAGUGGUCACAGAAGUGGAAUUGCUGUCGCCCUUUGUUCCCGCCGAAUCAGCAGCAACCUCUUUUUCCCGGCUUUGUUGCGAAUCAAUACGUGAAUUGUCGCUUCUCCGCGUGACACUAACCCGAAGUCCCAUCCUCUCUCUCUCGCUCACGGCGAGAUCCUCGAUCCUAUCGGCCGUCUAAAUCAUCUCGAGUCACUCGAGAUCGUGCGACAAAAUUACAGGUGUACGGUGCAGAACGAGCUACCAGUUACUUUCAUCGCAGGGAUGUGUGAUGGGUGGCAGCGAGAAGGGGGGGCAGGAGGUGUAUGUGUUGAGAGAGAGAGUGCGAGG